UUAAAGUGCCAGUUUAGGGCUCUUUGGAGCUGAAAAUGCCCGCUGUGCCGCCUAUUCCCUGCCCCAUCCGCCUGGGCAAGAUCAAAUCCGAUGGUCCAGCUGUUCUACUCCAUAUGUACACACUUGAGAGAAACAUCCGUAAGCUGGAGAAGCUCCUAAAGAAAGGGGUGGACGUGGACUGUGAGAACGACCUCGGCCAGACGCCGCUGUUCUGCGCCUCUCUGCUGGGCCUCACCAACGUGGUUGAACUUCUUCUGCAGUACGGAGCCGACCCCAAUCACCGCUGUGUGGACAGAAGCACGCCGGUCCAUGCCGCCGUGUUCUCCUGUAACCCGUGGCUCCUGAGUGGUCUGCUGGACCAUGGAGGAGAUUUAAGGUUACAUGAUGAGCAGGGCAGGACCCCCCGAGACUGGGCGGAGGCUGGAGCUCAGGAACACUCCCCCCGGAUGCUGGAUUUCCUGAAGAGCUGUGUCUCUCACAUGUGCAGUCUAACUCAGACACACUCGCCUCGAGACGGACGAGUCACUCCAACUUCCUCCAAGACCCUCCUGCGCUCUCCGUCUCUGCUGGAGCUCCUCCGGCCCGGGGGCUCUGACCUCCUCGUUAACAAGAAACUAAGCACAAAGUCCUCCGUCUGUGACGUGGUCCAGUGUUUCGGCUUUGGGAAGUUAUGUGCUGGAAGGUCUCAGCAGCCUGCAGGUCUGCUGGCGUCUGUGCCGCUGAUAGCGGACUCUGAGUUAGCGCAGGCUGAGGAUGAAGCUCUCUGCUCCUUCAGCUGUGGACCCUCCUGCUGCAUGACCAACUACAGCUGGAGAGGAUGCCGUGUUACAGUGAAAGAGCUGCAGAAACAUGCCGAGGAAGAUCUCUACCAGGACCUGCUCAUCGCAGAGCUGGAGCACUGCAGCCGGCUGUUCCACCCUCACCUGCUGCAGCUGAUGGCCGGGAGCAUCACUGCAGACCUGCAGCGCAGCAGACUGGUUUAUGAAAGAGUGCAUGUGGGGUCACUGUACACUGUCCUGUAUCACAGGAGGGCAGAGUUCCCUGUGCUGCAGGUGUGUGAUCUGCUGGCUGUGGUGCUGCAGGUGUGUGAAGCGCUGUUGUACCUGCACGGCCGAGCGCUGGUCCUCAGAGCGCUCUCAUCACACUCCGUCAUCAUUGUUCACCCAGGGGUCGCAAAGGUCACUGGCCUUGGCUUCAUGGUGACCAGUGAGGGCAGUUGCCCUGGUAAAGUUGCCCUGCCACUUCCUGCUGGGCUGUAUAACUGGGCAGCUCCUGAGGUCAUCAGAAGAAGAGCAUGCACAGGAAAAGCUGACCUCUACAGCCUCUGUACGCUCCUACAAGAGCUGUAUACAGAUGCAGUUCCGUGGGGCAGUGUGGACCCUCGCUGGAUAAAGCAGGCCGUGGACGCAGGUCAGGCUCUUUCUGCAGAUCCGGCCGUUCCCCAGCCGUACUAUCAGCUUCUACAGAGAGGCCUGCAGCCGCGAGCGAAGGACAGGACCUGCAGCCUGCUGGACGUCCGGUACACGCUACGUUGCGACCUAAAGGAGCUGAGUGGUAGACGGGACAGGAGUGGAGGGCGCCCCCUAUCAGCCGGUCAGAGCAUGCGGAGAUGGAGCGCUGAGCUCCCGGAUGGAAAGCCUGAGGAACCAGCAGGUCAGCAGCCCCCUGAGUAUUCAGACUCGGACAGCACAGUGGACAGAGAGAUCCAGGACCAGCUGUGGAGACUGGACCGCCUGCUGGAGAGCGAGACCUCGCAGACGUCUCCCAGAAGACUCCAGAACGAUGAUGCAGAAAGCAGCACAGACGCUGAGGAGCGCCAUCAGGACAUUUCCUACCGUGAUAUCCUCCCUCUGGACGAGUGGCGUAUGUCACUCUGCUCCCCAGUGGACAAAACCAGCAGCUCUCUGGACGUGUGGUCCAGCAGCAGCGCUGUGGAGGAGAAUCUGGCAACCCGCCCCCCCGAUGCUGUGUCAGAGCACAUCAGCGCCAUCAUACUGAACCUCAAAGUGUCUCAGGUGUUGCUGCAGCAGGUGGAGAGCAGUCUGGAGAACGCUGAGUUGGGGCUGAUAGACGGGCCACAGUACGAUGAGCUGGACGCUGGGGUCAGUGAGGAUGAGGUGGACGGUUUGGGCAGGAAAAGUGAGGGGAAGGUGGUGGUCCUGAAGGCAGUUGGACCCCCCUCCACCUACAGGCCGCUGCUGGAACUGCAGGGUGGUCAGCUGGAGUGGGGCACAGACGGAGACGAGGUCAGCCAUUACUGCUCCGCUGGAGAGGACAGCUUUCCCAGUCCUCAGGGAGACAGAAAUGUUUCUCAGAGAGACGGAAGGGCAGAUCGGAGGCAGCAGCAGCCAAUCAGGAUCACUGAACAGUCCGACAGACCUGAUAGAUCAUCACACGGAGCUCGGCAGAUGACCGCACCCCUGACCGCUGACCACGCCAAGCCCAAGUGGACCAGUGAAGUGAGCGAGCUAGUGGUCCGGAUGACCCGGGGCAGGCUGGGGGCUUCGGCAGGGCCUGUUGGCAGCAGCGACAGUGAAGAUGUGGAGGAGGAGCAGCGCCCUCUGGUGGAUAAACAGAACCCUCACAACCACACACUGCUGGAGCAGCUGUCCAAGAGCUUUGCAGGUGUCCAAAGUGAAGAGAGCGCAGACUUCCACACCUUCACCAUGCAGGAGUCUACACAAGGAGAGGAGGAGAGCAGUUCAGAGUCAGACUGUAUGGAGUCUCCUGUGGAGCCUUCCAGCAUCUUCUACACUCCGAAACACCACCCAGACAGUGCGGACGCUGCAGAGCAGCUCUCUCAGACACUCAGUUCAGAGGAGGAUCUGGACGUUACGAUGGAGAUCUGCCGCCCCAGCCCUGCGGUCACUGAGGGCCAGGUCGCAGAGGCCAGUUUUAGGGUUCUGUGUCCCAUCAUGGCAUGGCCAUCGGCUCACCUGCCAGUCUGUCCAGAGCCUGUGCCUGAAGAGCCGGACCAGACUGGACCAGAAUCCAGCACAUCAGUGAAGGGAGCCUUACAGAGCACCAGUCAGGUGGCCGAUAUCGCCGAUCUCUCCAGCAUCACCUGUUCACCUGCUCAGCUCCAGGAGUGGGCGGGGCAGGAUGGAGCUCCGCCCAGCCCCCGCAGCACGCGCUUCCCACCAUGCAACAGCACCCCCCGCAGCCCAGGUCCUGACUGUAGUCCAGCUCCACGCAGCCGUGAGUCCGUUCCUCCCCUGCAGUCUCUGCUGGACACGUCUCCGUGGGACAGCGCUCCUGACCGGUCCGUCUGCACCGAAGCAUACGCCACGGCCGGCCUCGGAGCCAGUGACACGACGGAUCCAUCGCAGUCCAGCGUCCUGCAGACCCCCAGAGUGUUGGACGUCCCUCUGGAGGGUUUGGAGACGCCCACCACCAUCACCCAGGAGUUCACCACAGCCAGCUGCGGAACCAAACACACACCGGCACAGAACCACAGCCAAACACAUGAGGAGGAUGGUGUGGUGGAGGAAGAAGAGGAGGAGUGUGAAGAGCAGGCAGAUGCUGAACCACAGCAGGAGUCGUUUGAGAAAGAACUUUCAGAAGAAGAAGAAGAAGAAAAAGCACCUGAGAAAGCACUGGACGCCAAUGGCAGCGGUCAGAGGGCAGUGAGAGGACAGUCCUCGGACCCUCCUGGGUCUCUGGAGGAAACGGACAGGGCUCACUCCACUCUGGACGAGGUUCUGCAGCGGCUGCUGGUGGAGCGGACGGAGAACCAGAGAGCCCCCAAAGACCCAGAGGCCACGUCGUCGGAGAUGACAGCUGUGUGUGACGUGCAGGUCAGAGAGGAGUGUGUGUGUCCAGCAGGAGACCGCAGUGAGGGGGCCGCGUGUAAAGGAGUGGAGGAGAGUGAGGUGGUUUCGUCAGAUGUGAUGAAAGAGCAGGGAGAGCAGACGGAGUCCGGAGGUCCCGCCGCCUGGAAUCAGCUGCACAGAGUGAUCGUCCUGGAACACACGCCCGUCAAAACGCAGAGCGAGCCGAACCAGAACCUCUCAGUCACGCAACCCUAAGUCCAGAAACUAGAGCGCGCUCGGUUCACCUGGGCUUCAACGAGGACCCCGCGUCCACCCCGGCCACAAACAUGCAGUACAGCGGGCGGCUCCUGGGUCCGCCUGGCCUCUUUACACCAGCCCCUUUCAC